AUGAAGGUCGCUUUCACUGCCAUUGCCGCACUCGCCGCCCUCGCCGCGACUACCACGGCGCUGCCAGUGGAAGCGCAAGGGCAAGCGAUCCAAGUACGUGCAGAUGGGUGCAAGAUCACAGGUCCCAAGUGCUUCGCGGACGGGCACUGCGAAGAGGGCAAAGUCGAAUGUGGCCCAGGCGUGCAAAACGAGGUCAUUGCGCCCGAGGACCACCGUCAGCCUCCCGCUCCGCCCGUCGACCCUGCCUCUGCUGCCGAACCUGCUCAGCCAGCUGCAGAAGGUGCUGACCCGGGCACCAGCACGUCUGUUCCCGCGUCUUCGUCCACCACUCGCGGCCCUCUCGUCGGCCCGACUGGCGACAACGUCACAAUUCAAGCGCCCCCAUGCAUCGUCCAUAUCUACACCGCCCGAAAGCCGGGAAGAAAGCAAUCCGACUGUAAGAAAAAAAUUGGAGAGACGGAGAAGACAAGCGCGAGCAAAGGCGCCAGGCAGGCAGGCAGGCAGGCCAAGGCUUCGGUCGGCGGUGCAGGGGAGGGGACUUCGUCGCCCUCGUCAUCCUCACCCUCACCAUCAUCGGUUGCUGGUGGGAGAUCUCUGCUCGCUUCCCCGCCGUGGAGGAAGAGGGCCCUGUCAUUUGACCGCCAACGAGCGCCGUCUCACCAUCCUCUGCUUUCCGCUGCCCCACGCAUCACCACCAAGCCCGACGACAUUGGCGGCGCGCCUGUGCACCAGUCGUUUCCUACCACGGCCGGGACACCGACCACAUCGAGGAGCGCGACGCCCACGCCGUAUUUCAGCGCCGGUGGAAGGAGGCUCGCAACUUCGCUGUCGUCAAGGCGGCCCUCGAUGGACGCUGCAAGCGCGAGCGUAGUAGAGCCAGCAGGACCGAGCAGUAGCAGCAACAUCAGCGGGCGUCCCUCUGUUGAUUCGGGCCCCAGCGCUGGUCCGACAGCAAGCGGGCUAUCUGGCUGGGUCAGCAGCCGGCGGAGGGCUGCAUCGCCCCUCUCGCCAUCCUUUCCACCCCCGGCAGCCUCGUCAUCCUGGGUCCGCAGACAGCGGGCAGGAGAAGCAGACGAAGGCGAAACGGUUGAGAUGAUCAGGCCGCCUUCGCCCCGACCACGGCCGUCGUAUGACGGCACCGAAGUAGGAAGCGUGGCGAGGAGUGUGGGCAGCGGCGCAAUGGCAGCAUCCACGAGCUCGGCCGGCGCAUCGGAGGCCUCGACGGUGCGGCCUGCCAAGGCGAGCAUCGAUGGCGGCGGCCGCGGCGGUGGCGGCAGCACCAGCACCAGCACCAGCAAUACUGGCACGCCAACAGGCCAUGCCACGAGCAGCAGCACGAGCGGGCUAUCGCGCUUCUUUGGCACACGCAGGCGAAAGCAAAAGAAUGGCACCAAGGCUCUGAGCGUCGAUGUGGCGCGGGCGGCGGACCCGCAACCUUUUGACUCACCGCCACUAGCCGUCAUUGCCCGCAGCAAUGGGCAGGGGCAGGGGCAAGAGGAAGGAGGCACCGGCCGAGCGAGAACGUCGAGACCUGCGAGCGCUUCUGGCCGAUCUGCGGGCUCGUCUACACUCAACCAGACCAAGAUGCCCCAGCAGCUCUCUCCCAAUCUCGCAGGUCAGCGAAAGCGUGCACCGCUAGGAACGCCAGCCUCGGAUGGCUCUGGCGGCUUCUCCUUUCCUCCCAAGCCUACCACCCCGGCGGUCGAUGCAGAGCCGUCGUCGUCGACGUCGCCCUUCUCCUCUUCCUCACAGAGCAAGCACAGCCUGGGCAGAUCGAGGUCUCUUGCCUCUGCGUCCAAACUGCGUCAGUUCCAACAGAGGCUCGCUCCACCAGGGCGAGGAGAAGAAGGAGGAGGAGGAGGAGGAGGAGGAGGAAGAGCAGGCCCUUCGCAAUCAAAGCCGCCAGCCUCUCCAAACUUCUUCGACUGGCAGUGGGUCGGGCCUUUCACGGGAGAAGACGAGCGCAAAGCCUCGCUACAUUCACCCAGCCUGUCGGUCCCUCUUGCUGCAAUGCCUACGUCUACGACACCGACAUUGUCACUAGGCAAUAGAGAGUAUUCGACUCCCGACAGCCGCAAGACCUCAGUAGAGUCUCGGACUCGGUCGCCGUCGCAAGUUGCACCGAUUCGGCCGCAACAACGCAGGCACAGGACAACGAGCCUCGCAGAUCGCCUCACGUCUUUCUUCUCGUCAUCGGCAUCGGCCACUCACCCUGCUGACCAGCACGGCCAGUCACUCAACACUUCAGACCAAGUCGUGGAUCUCGAUGCAAUCACGCUGAAUCGGUCUCUUCCUGCGGAUGAGCAAGACCAUGAAGACGACGACGACGACGACUUGUCGCACCCGCGAUCGUCAGCGCACACUGCGGCAGCGACGACGACGAUGACGACGACGACGACGUCAAGCCGAGGAUCGACUGUGAAGAGGAAGGCAAGCUUGCAGCGUUCCCACUCGCGCAUCUUGCCCCAACGCAUCAGGCAGUUCUCCUUUGGCAGACGACCCUCGUCUAGCUCGGGUACAUUGACGAUGGUUGACAACCUACAAACUUCCUCACAAGCACCGAAUGCCGACAUCGAGAAGCUCAAGAAGAAGGAAGAUCACCACAAUUCGACGACGUCGACCUAUCACGACUUUCGAAGCUCGGGCUCGGCUGCCGUCCUCUCGCCCGCCGUGGCCAGCUCGGCGGCAAGCCCGUCGGACGUACGUGCCUCGGCGCUGCUGCAGAAGCAGCGAGCUUCGCCGACGGCCUCGACACCGCUUUCGAUUGCGACUGCCUCCUCGCCCAAGGUGGCACGCAAGUUCAGCCUUAAGCGCGUCAUGGCGCCCAAGUUUGGCGACUUUGGCCGAGAAGGGGUGCCUGGCACUCCCGAGAUCGAGGGGUGGAAGACUCCGAAGAUUGAGCCCGGUCAAGAGUCAGAUGCUGGUCCAGCAGAGCAGAAUCGCAGCGAGAAUUGGGUGCAGGUCAUUGCCGAUGAUCGCAUCAACCAGAUUGGCCUCGGUCUCGGCCCGCUGGAUGCGUCCACGGGAGGCAACCUUUCGGGAGAAGCCAAGAGGAUGAGUCGUAGACUGCAACUGCUACCCACUCCCGAUCUUUCGGGCUCGCCCAUGAGCGGCAGGGCUCUCUUGAGGGAGGCUGGCAUCGCAAGUCGCAUGAGCUCCAACCCUCCCAGCAGAGACGGCAGUGCCACACCUCGACCGGUAGGAGGAGAAACAUUCGUGAGGUCGGAGACUCAGGCGGCACCUGAAGAGCAGCAGCUGCAGCAGCAGCAGCAACAACAGGAGCAGGAAACAGAACCAGGGAUCGACACUGAAAGCGAGCUUGUGUACGCGAGGGAUACCCAAAGCCCUGCCCUCGGCCUGCAGCUCAACCCUACUGACGAAGAUCAUCAGGGACGUCUGCGCGACUCGAGAUCAGCACCUUUUGUCUCGGGGCUGGAUGCCUUGUCAACCGGCUGGGCAUCUCCUACGACAGUGCCUUCUGAGACUGGUCGGGAUACACCUGUCGCUCGUCGCGAUGAGGAGAAUCAAGAGCAAGACGACCAGAAACCAGUGCAACACGAGACUGAAGGCCGCCCCGAGGCAUCCAUGUCGCAGCAUUGGAAUGAUGCGUCCACCCAUACCACCAGCUCGAACAGUAGCAGUGGAUACAAUCGCCCACAAUCCCUCAUUAGCGCAGAUGGGAAUGACACGCCCAUCGUUCGACUGCAACGGCUCGUUGUUGACACGACGGAAGACGAAGAAGGCAGCCAAGCUCAGGACACGAGAGCCAGGGAUAGCGACUUCUUCUUUCGACCGCUCUCGUCGUCGAACCGACAGAAUCAUUCCGGAGGCAACGAGCCCAUUGAGAGCUUACAAUCUCCAUCGCGAUCGUCCCAAGCUCUUCCAGGGAUGGCACCUUCGGAUGCAGAGCAGGAGCAGCGCUCGAUUUCGGCAGAGACAGCGCCCGUAUCGUCGCCUGCCAUGACGGCAGCCUCGGAGAGCGCCUUGUCGGGCGAAGCGCAUACGGUCACGUCGAUGCACUCAUCGGGCUCCAGCACCCUGAAUGCGCGUCUCUUUAGCGAUCGAAUGCGGGCCCAAAGGCAGAACCAGCAACCACAGAUGACGCUGAUGAGCGGUCUCUCCUCCAGCGGCAGUGCGAAUACACCCAGGCUCUCCACUGUCGCGAGUGCCAGCAGGAGCAGGGAGCUGUUGUUCUCAGCCGAUGAUCAAGAAGAGGAAGAGAUGAUGGGCAGGACUUCUUCCUCAUCUUCGAAGCGCACAUCCGUGCAAAAGCCGUCGAACGAUGCAGCGAGGACAUCGCCGGGUGAGGCCCCGCCCAGGACCUCGACUUCGUCCUCUGCUGCGGGAGCGCGGAAGGGCGCCAAUCGCACGAGCGGCAUGCCGAGCGAGACUGGUACCAUCUUUUCGAGCGGAUCUUCCUCUGUCCUCGAAGCAGAGGUAUCCCAGGCCCAAAGACUGAAGGCAGUGCCACUGAGAAAGUUCAAGGUCGAGGAGUGGGCGCGAAAGGUGGGCGACACAGCCCCAGCAGAGGAAGAUGAAGGACAAGGCCCAGCUCCGAAGGAAGAGAAAAAGGAUAGCUCGAAGGACUCACUGCCGGAGAUCCCUGAUGAACCACUUUCGAGCGCAGACGAGGUGCCUCUGACAGCCCGUCAAGAGGAGACCAGUGGCGUUGCAGCAGCUGUGUCGACACCCACUCUACCAUCCGAAGAUGCAAGGCUGGGCUUUGCACCAAUGAAGCGACGAAGAAAGGUGUCAACAUCGCCAAAAUCUCGAGAGGAAGGCAUCUCUCUCGGUGGAGAGCGACGACCGAGCAAUCUAAGCAGCAGCAGCAGCGUCACAGGUGCGGACGCAGACGAAAUGAUGCCCUCUGUCUUCAACUACAGGCGGCCGACCCAAGCAGUCACGACUGAGCUGCCGUCGAAUUCAUCGUCAAUGUCCUCAUUGAAGGGUGAGGGGGGCCGGAGAGAGGCUAGCGCAAGCCCAGCCGCGAGGAGGUCGAAAAGGGCCGCUUCAUCGUCUUCAAGGAGGAAGAAGAGCGAAAAGGCUCCGAUCUCGCGCAUCUUCGCGCUGGACGACAGUGGUGGUAAGACUUUGCGCCCAUCGAGGAGCGGCAACCUGGUCUCGGCGGCAAACAGCGACGACGACGAACAGGUGCAGCGAAGGGGCAUCGUGCCCAAGUCUUCCGAAGUGAAGGUAGCUGGAGAGGUCAAGAAGAGCGAAGGGAAGGACGUAGACGAACACAGCAAGGGCCAUCAGCGAUCGGCAAGCGCCAAGACUUCUUCGUCCGCGUCCCCAAGCCAUCGUAGGCGCCGCGGCCAUGCCAAGAAUCAGAGCAGUGGAGAUGGGGAAUCCUCGCCGAGGAGAAAGGCGUCGUAUCUCACGUCGGAAGAGGCUGCCUUGGCGAAGAGAAGAGAGAGAGCCGAGCGGGAGAGAUUGACGAAGGAGAAGGAGAAGGAGAGGCAGGAAGCCAGACAGGCAGCAUAUGCAAGGAGGAAGAAGGCCGAUCCAUUGCUGGCCGCAAGACUGGCGCUGGUUGGCCUGGCUGAUGAGCCUGUGACGACAGCAAUGACAUCGACGGAGAGCAGGCUUGCUUCCUCUUCGGCAGCAACGGAAGUUGAAGAGGAAAAGCCAGAGCGAGAGGCAAGAUCGGAAGCAACGACCAGAAAGGAACAGCCCAUCAACAUUGAGAGUAAAACGAUGCUGGCCUUUCCCACCCUGUCAACCGCCGAGGCCACGCGAGACUCGCCAGUGUUGUUGCCGAGAAGCUUCGAUAGCCUGCAUACCAAGAACAAGCCCUCGACAGCAUCUGUCGCAACCGUGCAGAGCAUGGCAAGCUUGCUUGCAGCACUCGAUUUUCCACAGCCACCCGUGAGGGACACCGAGGCCCAGCGAUCCGAUGAUGGAACCGUGCUUUCGAGAGCCGGGUUUGCACAGUGGGACCGCGAAGCUCUCAAGACCAUCGAGGCGACCGCCGGUGACACUCGCGGCGACUCGAACGACAACGAGCCAUCCGGAUCAAAGGCCACAAACGUGGAAGAGAAAGAAGGCAAAGGCCCCUUGAAACCAACAGCAGCCGCACUGGAGACAUCCCUGCGAAGGGCUAGAUCUGUCUCGUCGACGCCGACCAAGUCUCCACGGCUCUCAAUGCCUGCUCAGACGCAGGCAACGGCAAAGGCAGAAUCGAGUCUUCCUGCAGGCGGCGGUACAAGGCUAGAGCACAGUUUCAUAUUCUCUUCGAAAUCGCCGGUUGCGCGCAAAACGGGACCCAUCGAAGAUGAUGCUGAGACGGUGACGGGGAGCCCGUCGGAGUCCACUCUCGACGUGCACGGACAUCGCCGUAAGCUGUCGAGGGAAGCGACGUUGCGGCAGUCGCCCGUCGAGGCAAAGAGGCCAGAGGUGGUCUCGCCCACGAGACUCUCGCCUUCUCAGUCUCCAUUGCCAUCGACCACAGCAUCUACUGCUGGGAUAAACGCGACGUCAAAGCAUCGGAGUCAAGUACCCACGAUUGAACGCUUUUCGAUGGUCGUUCCGCUUGGCUCUGCUCAAGAGAGGAACAUGUGA